AUGGGGAUCACUCUCGACCAGUCCUGGCCCUUUGCGAUCGAAGAUCUUCCUGGCAAUCUUAAAAGCCCGGGAUCCUCUGGUCGGAGUGGCCAGCAAUCUUCUCCUCAUCCACCUCUGCCUCCACCGUCUGCGACGACCAAAAUGCCCAGCACCAUCACUUCCAACAGCGGGCGCGAGCUUGACGUCGUGUCCGAUGCCAUUGACGAGGUGAAUGUCAUCAGAGGCAAAAUGUGGGACGACAAGUCCGAGUUCGACGAGGGGCUCGACAAGGCGCGUUUCCGCGACUACGACGCGGCCUGCGACCGCGUCAAGACUUUCUACAAAGAGCAACAUGAAAAGCAAACCGUCGCGUUCAACAUCAAGGCGCGCGUCGACUUCAAGAGCCGGAAACGCGCGCGCAUGGGCGUCUGGGAGGCGAUAGAACUUUUGAACACACUGAUCGACGAAUCGGACCCUGACACGAGCAUGUCCCAAAUCGAGCAUCUUCUGCAGACCGCCGAGGCGAUUCGCAGAGACGGAAAACCAGAGUGGAUGCAGGUCGCGGGGCUUGUACAUGAUCUCGGAAAAUUGUUGCUGCUUUUUGGCUCAGAAGGUCAAUGGGAUGUCGUCGGAGAUACAUUCGUUGUUGGCUGCAAGUUCUCUGAUAAGAUCAUCUACCCUGAAACGUUCAAGAACAAUCCAGAUUCCAACGAUGCCGUCUACUCCACCGAGUAUGGAAUCUAUAAGCCGCACUGUGGGCUCGACAAUGUGAUGCUUUCUUGGGGUCAUGAUGAGUACCUCUACAACGUUUUCAAGGACCAGUCCUCCCUGCCCGCGGAGGCCCUCGCCAUGAUUCGGUACCAUAGUUUCUACCCGUGGCAUCGCGAAGGUGCCUAUGCCCACCUCACCAACGAUAAGGACAAGGAAAUUCUCAAGGCUGUCCAGGCGUUCAACCCCUACGAUCUCUACAGCAAAAGCGACAAGCCUUGUGACGUCGACGUCCUGCGACCAUACUAUCAAGGGCUAAUAGCAAAGUUCUUCCCUUCUGUUCUCGACUGGUGA